CUACUUAAUUUUAAAUCGUUUCUUCUAAAAACUUGCAGCUACGUGAAAAUGUAUCUGCUGUACAACGGGCAACGCAUCGCCAAGAAGAAGACCCACGUGAAGAAGCGCACCCUGAACCCGGUGUUCAACGAGUCGUUCGUGUUCGAGGUCCCGGCCGCGCCCAACGCCGCGCUCGACCACGUGUCGCUCGAGCUGCUCGUGCUGGACUGGGACCGCGUCACCAAGAACGAGGUGAUCGGUCGGCUGGAGCUGGGCGCGGCGGCGGCGGGCGGCGCGCGGCACCACUGGCGCGAGGUGCAGGCGGCGCCGCGACGACAGAUCGCCGACUGGCACAAGCUGAAGGAGUAGACGCGCCUCCACCUCCACACCUCCAACUGUCCCCGGGCUCUAUAGUUACGACCACUCUAUUUAUGCGCGAAUACAUUCCUAUUUUUCCUUCAAAAAGUCCACUGAAAAAAUAUGAGUAAAUGACCACCAUUUUACUGAGAUUAUACCUCAUCCCAUAUCAUCUCAUUUAAUUUAAUUUCAUCCCAG